AGGGUUGUCAUUUGGGGUCUAAUAUCUUUCUUGUUUCUUUGUGGAGCCAUGUACCUUGGACUUCUAAUUUUUUUUUUUUCCAGUCUAUACUUCCCUUAUGUUUAUAUUGUUCUGAAUUAUAAUGUUUUGAUUGAUAAAAGUUGCAUGUAUGAUUACUUUUACGCAAUCGUAUAGAUGGGAGAUUCACAAGGGAAUGGUAAAAGAAAAGAUUACAAAACUUGGAAUGCUGAAGAGAGCAAUGUUUUGCUUCAACUUAUGGUUGAAGGCGCCAAACUUGGAUUGUGUGAUAUUAAUGGUGUGAUAAGCAAACAAACAGUAGAGGCGAAGCUACUUCCUAAACUGAAGGAAAAACUUGGUUGUGAAAUAAGUUUUAGUCAUUACCAAAGUAGAGUGAAAUGGUUUAAGAAACAAUACACCAAUUACUCUCAACUUAUGCGUCAUAGUUCUGGAUUUGGGUGGGAUCCGAUCACAAAGAGAUUCACUGCUGAUGAUGAAGUAUGGGCAGAUUAUUUGAAGUCACACCAACGCAUGGGCACUUUCGGUCAGAAACUUUUCCAGACUAUGAGGACUUGAAAAUUGCAGUUGGAAAUGGAACUGCAACUGGAAUGGGCUCAAUCAGUUUAGGUGAUGAUACAGAUGCCUCUACAUUUGGAGCGGAAGAAAACGGACCUUGGGGAAUUGAUGGAUUAGUUUUUGAUCGAAAUACUAACAUGUUCGUGCAAAGUGAAAAUGAGUCAUCACACCAAGAAAACUCGCCAUCUCUUUCACAACAACCCUCCCAAGGUACCAAUAUAGAUGCUCCACCACAUAGCAGGACUCAAGGAAAACGGAGUAGGACUGACUAUGAAAAUAAUAGCGGCUCAAAGGGGGCAACUAGUCAGGCUGAGGUUUUAGAAAACUUAUCAAGUGGCAUUGGUAAAAUUGUCACAAGUUUUGAUAAAAUUUGUGGCUUAAUGGAGAAGAGAGAAUCAAGAGAGAGUGAUCUUUUGGAUGCUAUGAACGAGACCCCAGGAUUAACUGAUGAGGCUUGCUUUAUGGCUCUUGAUUUGCUUAAUACUAAAGCAAAGCAAGAUUUCUUCUUGAAGAUGACUCCUGAACAACGACAUAAUUGGAUCACCUCUAAACAAAUGCAAUAGGUGUGGGUCAAUCUCCGCUAGCGACACCUAAUAAGCAAUAGGCUAUGUUCUAUUAUUAAUUUUAAGUUAUGGAGUUUGAUUUUAUUUUGUUUGAAUUGCAGCUUGUUUUGAAUGAUUUUAAACUGGUGCUUUCUCUAUUAGCAAUGUCUGAAAUGGACAUGUAUGGAGCUGAUGAAGAGGAAGAGCAGUUUUACGAGGCUGUUAAGAUAUUAUUAAUGGCAAUACAAGCAGUGAUUUAUGUGUUAUACGAACUUGUGUUCAGCAUACGUGGUGAACAUAUUAGACGUCCGCUGACUCGUCGACCAGUGACAUCAAGUGGAUACAUAUAUAUGCACAACAUAUUGGACAGAGACCCUCAAAUCUUUAGAGAUGUGUAUAGAAUGUAUCCUGACGUGUUUCGAAAAUUAUGUAGCAUCCUAAAAGCGAAAACACCUUUACGGGAUACAAGA